CUCAAAUCCAAACCCUACCAAGCAACCUUUCAAUACUAUUAACCCCACUUUCUCUCUCUCUCUCUCUCUCUUCCACUCUCCUCUUUCUCUCUACUCUGUUUCGAGAACAAGAAGAAGAAGAGGAAUCAGAAGAAAAAGAGAGCUUUGAAGGUACUUUGAAGCUCUUAAACUCCGCUGGUCAACGAUGGGAAAGAGUUUAAGUCCAAUACUAAAGAGAGAGUUGGCAAAUCUUGAUAAAGAUGCUGAUAGUCGUAGAUCAGCCAUGAAAGCGCUCAAAUCCUAUGUGAAAGAUCUGGAUUCAAAGGCAAUUCCAUUGUUUCUUGCACAAGUUUCUCAAACUAAGGAGAUUGGUUUGUCUGGUGAAUGCACUAUUUCAUUGUAUGAAGUUCUUGCUCGUGUCCAUGGCGCCAAAAUAGUCCCUUUGAUAGACAGCAUUAUGGUUACCAUAAUCAAGACCUUGACUUCAAGUGCAGGGUCUUUUCCUCUUCAACAAGCAUGCUCUAAGGUGGUUCCAGCUAUUGCUAGAUAUGGUAUUGACCCAACCACUCCUGAGGACAAGAAAAGACUUAUAAUUCAUUCACUUUGCAAUCCUCUUUCGAAUGCCCUCUUGGGAUCUCGAGAGAGUCUCACCUCAGGAGCCGCCCUUUGCUUGAAAGCUCUUGUGGAUUCUGAUAAUUGGCGGUUUGCUUCUGAUGAGAUGGUCAACAAGGUUUGUCAGGUUGUUGCCGGGGCUUUGGAGGAGAAGUCUACUCAGACCAAUGCUCACAUGGGUUUGGUUAUGACUCUAGCAAAACGCAAUGCUACAAUUGUCGAACCAUAUGCUAGGCUACUACUACAAGCUGGAUUGCAGAUAUUAAAAGUAGGAGUAGAUGAGGCUAAUUCCCAGAAACGUUUGUCAGCAAUUCAAAUGGUUAGCUUUUUGAUGAGGUGGUUAGACCCAUGGAGCAUCUGUUCAGAGCUUGGGUUGAUAAUUGAAGAGAUGGAGAAGUGUCAGUCUGAUCAGAUGGCAUAUGUUAGAGGAGCUGCAUUUGAAGCUUUGCAGACUGCAAGGAGAAUAGCAGCAGAUAAAGGCUCAAAAUUUGAGAAAAGCCCUGCUUCCGUCACAGGGUCAAAUUUCAGUCGAAGAGACCAAAGCAGGAGGUGCUUAUCAACCUCUGAUGAUCAAUCUCCUACAUCAGUGUCUCCAGAAUCACAGACCCUUGACUCCUUUGUUGAAUCGUGGGUUGAAUCACCAAGCUCAACAAUUCAAUCUUCUCAGAUGUCAGAUUAUGAUCGUAGGAGUGUGAACCGCAAGUUGUGGAGUUUAGAAAAUGGUGGAGUUGAUGUGUCUCUUAAAGAUGGUCUAUUCUCACAGAUUGCAAGGGAAAAUUCCAUCUCAAAUACCUUGUCCGAGCACUGUACAGAGCAUGGUUGUGGUAACAACGAAGAUCAUGAGGAGUUUGCUGGAUUCUUGCAGAAAAAUUCCAGAAUGGGAAUGUCAAGAAGCACAACAAACAGUCCUCUAAAGUCACACAAUUCAAUUAAUGUUGACAGCAUUAUCUUCAGAACUCCAAGAAAGCUUGUUCAGUCUCUUCAAGAUCCUGAUAACAUGAAUUCAGAUUAUUGUGAUAAACAAGCCAGAAGAAGACUCAGAAACAGGAGUAUAUCUCUGAGUGAUUUUGAUUGGAGUCCAGCUUCAAGAUAUGACCAAAAUGAUAUUUCACAAGAUGUAAACUAUGACCGUAGAGCAAAUGGAAGCUUAUUUGCAGAUGAUGAGAAGUUACAAGGGGACUCUGAAUCAGUGUCAUCCACUGAUGACAUUGUUGCUAAUGUUGGGGAGCAAGAAUCUGAUAAGUUAUUUCAGGAUUACAAGACUGAAGCUCAAGUUCAAGCUCAAGCUGAAACUCAAGCUCUAGCUCAAGCCCAAGCUGAAACUCAAGCUCAAGCUCAAAUUCAAACUCAGCCUCAGUUCAGUAUUCAAAAAACUGGCCCAAAGAUAUCAUUAAAGUUGGUUUUGGCUCUACCCAUUGUGUUCCUUGCACUAUUUGUUCUGUUGGUUUGGAUCAGGGAGCAGCAGAAUGAAUUUGAUGCACAUUAUCUUGUUCCAACUUAGUACUACUACUCAUUCGAAUGUAAAACAUUAUUUAGUUAGGAGCAGAUUAAGUUGCAGGUUACAAAAAUCUCUCAGAAUUUUAGUUUAGGGUAAAAAAUCUUUGUAUCUUUGAGAUGCUUCCAUUAAAAUUAUUAAUCAGAAGUUUAUUGGUAGUUUUGUUA